AUGAAAGUGUUUAUCGCAAUCGCCGCCCUGGUGGCCGUGGCCGUCGCAGCCCCGGCCCCGGCAGACCAGAGUGCCAGCGCCAGCGCCGGCGGAGCGUUCAGCAUGAUGGCCAAGUACUUUGGCACCUGUCUGGAUAGCGACGAGAUGGGCACCUGUUUCGCCGUCAAGGGCAUCACCGCCCUGAACCGGGCGGCCCGCGCCGCCAACAUCGAGCUGGCACCGGGUGUGACGUUCGCAAGAGACCCGUCGGUGCCGGCCGAGCGCACCGGAAAGGCCAUCUCGGAGAACGAGAUCAUCAACACGCUGCCGGCUGACUCGGAGCAGAAGACGGACGCCCUGUUCGACCUGGCCAUCGACUCCGCCAAGCGGCUGUUCAGUGCCCGCUCGGUCCAGUUCAAGCUGCCGGAGGAGACGACCGACAGCAUCGCCCGCUCGCUGGAGGAAGGUAGACUGUUGAAGAAAGGCAAGAAGCUGAAGAAGGUGCUCGGUCCGCUCGUCCUCGCCCUCGGCGGCAAGCUGUUCGCCCUGCUGCCCCUGUUCCUCGGUGGAGUCGCCCUGCUCGCCAUCAAGGCGCUGCUCGUGUCGAAGGUGGCGUUCGUCCUGGCCGCGGUCCUGGCGGCCCAGAAGUUCCUUGGCGGCGGAGGUGGAUCGCCCCUGAACUUGCUGUCGAAGGUGGCCGGAGGCGCGUCGGCCGGUCUCGGUGGUGGCGUUGCGGCCGGCGGUGGUGCCGGCGGCUGGUCGUCCGGAGCCGCCACGUCCGGCUGGUCGAACGGUGGAGCCGCCUCGGCCCAGUACCCGUACGCCCGCAGCUACGACACCGCCCAGGAGCUGGCGUACAGCGGCCAGGCCCCGGCCCAGUAA